AUGGUUUGGGGGCCCAUGGGAAACUGUGCCAAGCGACCCCAACCCCGGAGGCCUCAGGACAGCUGGCCGUGGCCCGGCGCCCCCCCAGGGGGCCCCCUCCAGAGCCUGGGCCCCGGCCUCAGCCCCAAGGAGCAGGGCGGCCCCAGGCCGGGCGUCCAGGGCUACUCAGUGCUCAGCAGCCUGGUGGGGCCUGCCUGCAUCUUCCUGCGGCCCAGCAUCGCUGCCGCCCAACUUGACCGGGAGCUGCGGCCAGAGGAGAUUGAAGAGCUACAGGUCGCCUUCCAGGAGUUUGACCGAGACCAGGACGGCUACAUCGGCUACCGGGAGCUGGGCGCCUGCAUGCGGACGCUGGGCUACAUGCCCACCGAGAUGGAGCUCGUCGAGAUUUCCCAGCAAAUCAGUGGCGGGAAGGUGGACUUUGAAGACUUCGUGGAGCUGAUGGGGCCCAAGCUGCUGGCCGAGACCGCAGACAUGAUCGGCGUCCGGGAGCUGCGGGACGCCUUCCGAGAGUUUGACACCAAUGGGGAUGGCUGCAUCAGCUUCGGGGAGCUGCGGGCGGCCCUCAAGGUCCUGCUGGGGGAGCGCCUGAGCCAGCGGGAGGUGGACGAGAUCCUCCAAGACAUCGACCUCAACGGGGACGGCCUGAUCGACUUUGAAGAGUUCGUGAGAAUGAUGUCUCGCUGA